AUGGCGAAGAUCCUCCCAGCCGUCGCUCUUAACUUUAAACAGCCGGCUCCAACCCUGAAGCCCACGAGCCGUGUCGUUAAGAUUGUUCAAAGUGCUGUCGAGGCAGUGCCGCAGACCAGUGCAUUCGUUCCCCCUCCCUAUGAGGGCGUCCGUGUUGUCACUGCCGCCGAAUACAAAGAGGCGGCAGCCUGUCUGGCGGAAGCCUUUGCAGAGGACGAUGUGGCUCGCUACUUCAUUGACGUGCCUGAUCGCGACCAUUGGACGGCGGAAGAGAAAUGGAAUCUUCAUGUCGAGAUCAUGGAGUAUGUGACGUAUGCUCACAUCUUGAAAGGCCUUGUGACUACAGUUGAUGAGUUCAAGGCUGUUGCGCUGUGGAUGCCUCCUGGGCAAGACAUGGAUGAUCUGUGGACCGUCCUUCGCAGCGGUAUGUGGCGGCUUAAUUACAGACUGUCUGCGGAAGGAAAACGACGAUUCUUCAAUGAGUUCCUCCCUCUCCUCCACGACACGAAGCACGCUACUCUGGGAGAGCACGAUGAAACGAGCUGGUACCUCGUGUACAUUGGAACCAAACCAAGCGCACGAGGCCAUGGGUACUGCCGCAAGCUGAUCGAGCAUGUGACGAGACAGGCAGACCGUGAUGGCCAUGUGUGCUAUCUGGAGUCGAGCAACGACGUCAACCCGGCCAUCUAUCGCAAGUUUGGCUUCGAGGAUCGCCGUACGAUCCAUCUGCAGCGCGGGAAGAAGAAUGUCUCGCUUGAUAUCAUGGUGCGGGAGCCCACCAGCAGCGAGGACAAGCACUGA